AUUUGCCUGAUAGGUUGCCUAUAUAAAUUAUUGGCCAAGGUGUUGGCCAAUCGGUUGAAAAUGGUUAUGGAUGGUAUUAUCAGUGAGUCGCAGGCAGCUUUUAUUGGAGGUCGGCAAUUGGUUGACAGUGUGUUAGUUUUGAAUGAGGUUGUGCAUGAGGUGAAAUGGAGGAAGCAAGAGAGUUUCAUUUUAAAGGCGGACUUUGAGAAAGCUUACGACUGUGUGGAUUGGGGCUUUCUUGAUUGGAUGAUGAAUAGAAUGGGGCUUGGGGUGAAGUGGAGGAACUGGAUGUGGGAGUGUCUUUCAACUGCUAGAAUCUCCAUUUUGAUAAAUGGAAGCCCGACGUCUGAGUUUCCGAUAAGCAAUGGUCUUCGCCAAGGUGAUCCUUUGUCAUCUUUUUUGUUUCUGUUAGUUGCUGAAGGGUUGAGUGGGCUUGUUAAAAAAGUAGAGGGUGAAGGACUUCUGAAGGGUGUGGUGAUUGGAAGGGGAGAUGUUGAUAAUUUACGGGUUGUGAAGGCCAUUCUGAAUUGGUUUCAAUUGAUCUCAAGGUUGAAGAUAAAUUUUGGGAAGAGCUAUUUGUAUGGCUUCAAUGUGUCGGAAGGGUGGGUAAAAGGUGCAGCUGAUGUUAUGCAUUGUGGGGUGGGCAAAGUGCCGUUUACUUAUCUUGGCUUGCUAGUAGGAGGGAAUUCAGGGAGAAGACAGUUUUGGAAUCCAGUGCUAAACCGCUUCUGCGAGAAGCUUGCCUCCUGGAAGAGCUCCUUACUGUCCUUCGGAGGAGUGGCGGAUUUGGAGAGGAGGAAUUGUAGUUUGUUGGGAAAAUGGUGGUAUAGGUUAGGUGAUGGUGUUGAUGGUUUAUGGAAGCGGGUUGUUUGGGAUAAAUAUUAUGGGGGUAGAAAGGAGGCGGAUGUUACGUCAAUGGUGAAUUGGAAUAUGUCUGGUGUGUGGAAGGACAUUAUGGGUCUAGGCAAAGGGUCAGAAAGGUUGGUGGCAAUGUUAGGUGAAGGUUUUAAGUGGAAAGUUGGGAAUGGGAGUUGUGUAGAUUUUUGGCAUGGUAAAUGGGCGGGGGAUAAACCUUUGAGGAAUUUAUUCCCUCGGUUGCGAGGGUGUGUAGGGCGGGGAGUGGGGGAGGAAGAACAGUUUCGGGAGUUGAUUAAUAGGGUUAGGUUGCAUAAGGGAGAAGUUGAUUAUUGGAGAUGGAUCCAUAGUGGUGAUGGUGUAUAUUCGGCAAAGAAGGCUUAUGAUUUUUUAUCAUCGAAAUGUUGUGUUUUGGAUGAGAAAUGGUCUAGGGUCCUUUGGGGUAAUUAUGUACCUUCCAAAUUGAGUGUUUUCGGGUGGAGAUUGUUUUUGAACAGGUUAGCUACAAAGGAUAACUUGUGUCGGAGAGGGGUUGCUCUACCAGGGGGGAAUGUUUGUUGUGGGCUUUGCCAUGAGGGCGUCGAGCAACUCCAGCAUAUCUUUUGUGAUUGUAAACCAGUUUGGUUGGUGUGGAUGAAGGUUUUGGGUUGGUGGGGUGUACAGAGUGCUUUGCCAAAAAAUGUCUUUGGAUUGGCAGAUGCUGUGGUGGCUGGAAUCAAUGGGGGGAGUUGGACGGAUUUAGGGCCUCUUAUUUUUUUGGUUACUGCUUGGUAUGUUUGGUUUUGGAGAAAUUUGAAAGUGUUUGGGGCAGGUGAAAGGUUCGAAGAGCAGAUAUUGGAUUCUAUUCAGUUUAAAUCUUUUUUCUGGCUGAAAAACAAGGAACAAGGUUGCAGUUUUUCCUUUACAUAUUGGAUGUUAAGACCGUUGGAGUGCAAGAAGGCCAUUGUUCAACAUGGCAGGAAUCUAAGGAAUUACAAGAGGAUGUAUAAAGUGCUAAACUAGGGGGACUUAUGAGGAUAGGGCUCAAGUUCAGGGUGCUGCGUCUAUGCUAGUGAAAACCUUGCUGGAGAUGGAAACGUGAAGCUUGAUGGGGUUUUUUAUGAGCAUUAAGGCAAGGGAUUUCUACUAGUCCAAUAUGUCAUUUUUUUUGGGUGCUUUUCUGGUCUUGUGUUAUAGGGUGUGUUUGUUAUUUGUUUGGUGGAACUGUGUUGGUUGACUUUAUCUUUUAUUUUUUUGUAAGUGGGUUGGAGUACCCCUUGUACUCCAUUCAAUAAAUUUCAUUUUGCUGA